ACUUUUUUUGAGCAAUGUGGUUUUGGUGCUUUUUUUUUGUUGUUGUUGCUUUUUUUAUGUAUGUUGCAUUACUUUUAAAGUUUUGAAAUUAUUUAAACAAAGGGUAAAUGUUUAUUGAAUACAUUUUGUGAUGACUAUGUAAAGGCGCAUUUGGAAAAUAAAUACGAAUUAAAUUUUUUGAGGUGGUGAUGGACCAAAAUGAAUAGAAAUAUUGGCGAUCAUCCUAUCUACCAUAAGUUUCAGGACGAAGAAUCACUUAAAACAAGUAUGUCAAUAAAUUCUAUGAAACUAUUAAACGCUGGGAUCAGCAGCAAAGAACAUUUUCAUAUGACCUUUAAGGAUUUGAACGUUACCGUAAACGGAAAAAACAUAUUACACAAUGUAUCUGGUGAAAUAUUGCCUGGUGAAGUUUUGGCGAUUAUGGGACCAUCAGGAGCUGGAAAGUCUACACUUUUGAACUUGCUUGUUGGAAGAAAAACAAAAGGAAUCUUUUUAAACAGUGGUUCAAUUGAAAUAAAUGGGAAAAGUGCCUCCAAAUUACUCCGAAGAAAAAUUGGAUACGUUAUGCAAGAAGACAUAUUCUUUAGUCAUCUUACUGUGCGGCAGUCUUUAGAGUUUAUUGGCAAAAUCAGACUUCCAGAGGACAUGAAGUGGAGUCAAAAGAAAGCUCUAGUUGACAUCGUAAUUGAAAACCUUGGACUUUCGAAAUGCGAAAACACAGAGAUGGGUGGUGGGCUUUUUGCACGUGGUUGUUCAGGAGGUGAGAAAAAGCGUUGUAGCAUUGGAGUUGAACUUAUCAGCAAUCCUGCUUGCAUAGUUAUGGAUGAGCCAACUACAGGAUUAGAUUCCUCAUCAGCUUUCAGUCUUAUAAAUACACUUAAAGCUCUUGCAAAGCAGCAAAAUAGAGCAAUAUGUAUGACUAUUCACCAGCCUUCUAGUCAAGUGUUUCAUAUGUUCGAUAAACUGUUGCUAUUGUGUAAUGGAAAGGUUGCAUUUUAUGGAAAAACUUCAGAGGUUUUAUUGUUUUUUGAGUCAAUUGGAAUGCCGUCCCAUUUGAACUGGAAUCCUGCAGAUUUUUUAAUGGAGCAGCUAUCAACAGACAAAGAUCUUCAGAACAAAGUUGUGCAAUCUUUUGAAAAUUAUAAAAGAGAAAAUUUGAAAAAAGAUGAGGAAAAUUAUAGUAAGCCAGAGGAGGAAGAUCACCCUGAUUCAUACAUUAAUUUUGUUGCAGAAAUCAAUGAGGAUACUGAUCACAAUAAAAAAACUAUAGAUGGAAAUAAAGAUUUAAAGAAUUCAGAUGAAUCUCUUUCAAGUAAAAAAUGGCCAUCAGGUUUCUGUACUCAAGUUACUGCAUUAUGUCAACGCUCUUUUAUUGAAGCUAAAAGUGAAAUAUGGGAUAAGUUAAGCUUUAUUCAGGUUAUUUUUGUAGCAAUUAUUGCAGGCUUAGUAUGGUUUAAUACACCUUAUACAGAAGCAUCGAUAUCUGAUAGACAAGGAGUGAUAUUUUUUGCUUUGAUGUAUAUAUUUAUGCGUCAAAUGAUGCAUUCUAUUAUGACAUUUCCUGCAGAAAAUAAAGUUAUUGCAAAAGAACGUUCGUCUGGUAUGUAUUGUCUUUCUGCAUACUUCACUGCAAAAAACAUAGUUGACCUUCCAAUUAUGCUAAUACCACAAGUUAUCUUGUACACAACAAUUUAUUGGUCUGCUGGACUCAAUCGCUCUCCUGUGUUUUUGCUUGGAAUAUUUACAGUUAUUUUGACAACAGCACUUUCACAGUCAGUUGGACUUGUAAUAGGUGGUAGUAUAAAAGAUUUCAAGAAAACUUUGGUUGUUGCAGUUAUUUUCAACUUGAGUAACCUUUUACUAGGAGGUUUCUAUAACAAGCGGCUUCCACCAUGGUUAAUAUGGAGUAAAUAUAUAUCAACUUACACCUACAUUUAUAACAUCUUUUUGAGAAUUGAGUUUGAAUAUGCUAAGGAAGAGUUUAAAUGUUCUACGAUUUCAGAAUUUCGCGAAUGUCGUAAUAGUAACAGAACGCACAUCACUGGGCCCGAGUUAAUGGCUUAUUUAAAACCAAUCGAUCUUGAUAUUAUGCAGAGUGUUUUUGUAAUAGUUGGUUUGUCCAUUUUUUUGAGGAUGUUAUUUUAUUUAGUACUAAAGUAUUUAAACAAAGCUAAAUAAAAUAAUCAUUUUAGUGAA